CGCCAAGUGCGGUGCGUCUUGUGUGCAGUUCGGCCCGGUGCUUUUUUUGCUCUUGAUUGGUGGCGGUGUAGUCGGUGGGUGCGCUCCUGUCACCUUGGCACCGAGAAGAGGCGCCUGUGGUGCUGAGGCGAGGAUGCGGCCUCUCGUUCGGAUUUGGAUACUUUGCGUCUCAGCAGUAACCAUGCUGUGCUGCUGCCGGUGGGACGGCGGCGGCUGCUGGGCCGCUUCCACAUUGAUAACCGUCCGUUCUAGAGGCGUCGCCAGCAGCGGCAGUGGCUCCAGUCUCGUGAGAAGAACGAACAAAGAGCCCGCCUCGUGCCAGAACGAGGUGGUGUCCGCGUGCGUGAGCAAGCUGGACCUGCUCUCGCAGAACAGGAGCCUCGCCUUCGCCACCACCGAGGAGGAGCUGAGGCAGAUAUGCACCCACUUGACCGGUGCCAUGGACUGCGUGAACGCAUUUACCCAUCGUUGCUUUAAUGAAAAGCAGCGCGAAAUCUACAGGAGGCUUACGAGUGGCGCGGCUCAACUUAUCGAGGACUUCUGCCGGGAGGGUUCCCGGUUCAGGCUCACCUAUCUGAAGCAUUCCAUGUGCUACAAAGAACUACAAGACGACUACAACCAAUGUGCUUCUGUCUAUAUGGCUCAGCGGGCCGAACUCCAAGGGCAGGCAAUCAGCGCUCAAGACAAAAUUCGGCAUUCGUGUUGCCAAAUGGACGGCUACAAACAGUGCGCCAAGACUGCCGUGCUCCUGCGCUGCGACGUGGAAGCAGCCGAGCUGGCCGAGGACAUCAUCGUCAAGGCCGGCGGCUACCUCGUGUCCACACACUGCUCCGGAUACCGCAUAGACGAGCCCAGCUGCAGCGGCUGUUCCGCGAGGGUGGCCCUUGCGCUGACGGCUAUUCUAGGAGUAGUGGCAUUGCUGCACCUCUUCUCAAGAACAACCUAGCUGCCUGGCAGCUAGGGUGUCCUGUGCCGGUCGAUUGAGGGACAAAUCGAGCUUGCUGAAGUUCAGAUCCUUGAGAACGUUUGCACAGUGAGCGGCUACGAAGUGUGGGCCAAGGUGAACGUGUACGUAGUGGGGUUGCGGAGUUGCUCGCGCUUGCUGUCUUCGGGACUUGUUGCUUUCGCGAGUUUCUAGGGUUUACGCUCCGAUAGUUGCCAUCAAAAAGAGGAGUGGAAACAAAGGCAUGAGUGGCUUAAGAACGGCGUACCACGGCUUCGUUCACUCUUCGUUUGCCCAGAACCAUACACAACCACACAUGUCACGCUGCGUGAGUGGUGAAGCCACGGACCCCAUCGCAGAGUGCAUCGUAGGACACAAAGGCGAGCGUGUUCUUUGCACAGCGGGAUAGUGUCGGGCGCUGGAAGCCCUUUAGCCACUGCUUCGUCGGAGACCACGUUUUGUCGCACUUUUCAACAGUCAUCGCAGUGAAAUCAGUCGUGUGCUGCAGCAAACGAAGGAAGGCUCAAAUCGCGAAAUGCUCCGAAUGGCUGAUAGUUUGUAUUAGCCAAAGAAAAGCCAAUUUCAUCCUUCAUUAGGAGCACUGAUGCACACAGACACCUAAGUGAUGUCGUCAAAAAGAACGGCCCCCUAAUUGUAAAUUUAACAUGUGGACCA